CUCCCUCAUCCAAAAUGCUAAGAAAGCCAACCGCCACACAUUCGGAAACUCCACACUCCACAGUGGAACACAGUGGCUUCGCUGCCCUCACUUCCCGCCAUCUUCUUCCUCCGUUCCAAUCUCUGCAAACCCUAAUUUCAAUUCUCCAACUUCCCCCUAUUUCUCCACUCAAUCCCUAAUUCGUUUCCCAAAUGCAGCGCCUCUCGUUCUCCAAUGCCUUAACGUCCCCAACCCCUCUCUUCCUCCACACGGAGCUCUCCCACCUCUCCCUCCAAUCCCUAACUCUAACACCCAAACCCAUGAUAAUCCGGAUGGGCGGCGGGCCCAGAACCUUCCCCGGCGGCGUAUCCAAGUGGCAGUGGAAGCGCAUGCAGGCGAAAAAAGCCAAGCAGCUCCUCAAGGCGCGGCUCUGCCGCGAGCGCCAAAUCUACGAGAUGCGAAAGAGGGCCGAGCUCAAAGCCGCCGUGUCCGAGCUUGAGCGGCCGUGGGAGGUUGUCGAGAAAGCUCCGAACUUGUUUUCUGUCAACGCCGACGAGCAAGUCAAGGUCUUGGCUGAUAGGUUUCAGAAGCCUGGUGGAUUCGAUUUGUGGACGGAGAGGGACGGCCCGCAGCUGUUUCAUACCAUGGAGGACUUACCCUCCGCGAGGUUUUUCCCCAAAGGGGUUGUUCAUAGUGUGAGGCCGUAUAAAAGGAUUUCUGGGCCGGAGGAAUUGGAGAGUUUGGAGCUUGAAGAUGGAGGAUUUGGAGGAGCUGAGGAAUUGGGAGAUGGGUUUAAGGGUAAGGGGAAAUUGGGAAGUGGGUCGUUCGAUUCAGAGGAAUCAGAUGGGGAGGGUUUGAAUCUGAAACAUGCUCUGGAAUCGUUGAGUGUGAAUGGCCAAAGUGGGAAGAAGUACGAUGGCAGAGUGGUGAAGAGAGGGAAUAGGAGAAAUUCUAAGUCUUCAGUUGGGUUUGAUAAUGCGGAAGCCGGUUUUGAUAGGAAACAGAGAGGACCGAGUCCCACAAUGCGCGGUGCAGAAGCUGGUUCUGAUAGGAAACGGAGAGGGCAGAGUCCAACAAGAAAGACUCGGAGUAGUAAGCGAAAUGAUUCAGGAUCUGAAGUUUUUGAUAUGAGCUUGCAGCAAGAUGGAAGCUAUGAACUUAGAGAGCAUAACGGCAAGCCAUGAAUUUUAUGCUCAUAAGUUGGUCUGGCAAGAGCCAUUUGCAUAGAAUUAAGUGAAUGGCAAGGGCCAUUUCAUGCUCAGCAAUUGUACCACCCGCACUUACACAAUAACACCCACUUACACGCUGCAGAUGUUUGUUUUAUUUUCUCUUUAGUCUACGUGAUGCUUGUUAUACAUGAUUUUUCAAUAAACUCAAUGGCAGCUUAUUUUGGAACUGCAGUUCAAUGUCAGAUUUUAAGAAGA